AUGGUUUCAAAAUCUUCAAGAGAACUCGCUUACAGAUCAUCCGAAAAGGGCGAAUCUACUAUUGUCACUACAGAGGAACUCCUAAAGCAUGUUGGCCUAUGCAACCCUUUCACCCAAUUCAUCACGAUUUCCAUGGCUUUCCUAUGGAUGUUGUCAGCUUUAGCAGCUGUAUCUCCAGCUUUCAUGUCGCCAACAAUGCCAUGCGAAAAGAACUGUACAUUCGUGACAGUGCAACAAGAAUUCGGACUUGAAAAAUCUUUGAUUGAUCCAGGAGAGAUGACAUCUUCUAUAUAUUUCGUAGGAAAUCUAGUGUUCGGUCAAAUCUUCUGUGUUGCUUCUGACAGAAUUGGAAGACGUCCUGUUCUAAUCUUCAGCUUGAUUAUAUCUGGCUUGGCUGGUACAGGUGCUGCAUUUGCGCCAAAUUUCUAUUUGAUGCUUUUGGGACGGAUGAUUCAGGGCUCUUUCUUCAGUGCUUUGACUAUGAUAAAUUGGGUUUUAUGCGGCGAAUCAAUUGCUUUCCACGGCCACGGUGCUGCUUCCUUUCUCUUUGGACUUUUAUGGGUUAUCGGAUAUUGUUUGGUUGCUCCAUUAGCACUAAUUGUACCUGAUUGGCGAUAUAUCCAAUUUAUAAUAUCAAUUCCAAGCGUGUUGUUUGGAAUUUUGAUGUUUUUCACUUUACCUGAAAGUUUUUCAUUUUUAAUAGCAAAAGAGCGAAAAACUGAUGCACACAAAUGGAUAAGUAAAGCAUCGAUGUUUACACGUCAAGAAUAUAACUAUGAUUUGGAUAAAAUUAUUGCUCAUGAUGCUUCAAAUGUAACACAGGAAUCAUCUCUGGGAGAAUGUCUACGAAAUAUUCUUAAACGAUUCGAUUUGAAAUUAUAUGUCUUCAUUCAGAGUAUGCUAUGGAUCACGGAUUUCAUGUUAUACGCCAGCUUUUCGUUAUCAUCAACCAGUAUAAGCAAAGAUACCAAUCCUUACUUACUUUACAUCUUCUCUGGAAUUGUUGAGUUGCCAUGUUAUCUACUCAUCCCGUUCGGAUUGGAAUUACUUGGUCGCAAGCCCACGGUUAUGUUGAGCCAUAUCAUCACUGCUGCCUCACUUAUAGUAUGUGUACUGUUUCCUGCAGAUGAUCAUGCAACAGUUUUUCUAUUCGCAUGGCUCAUAGGAAAGUUCGGAACGGCUUCCGCUUUCAUGUGCUGUUUUGUCUAUGGAGCUGAAUGCUUUCCGGUGCAAUAUCGAAACAUAUGUCUUGGCUUCUGUGCUACCGUUGCCAAUGUGGGAGCUAUGAUUGCCACCCACAUGGAAAUAUUGGACACCGUCUAUCCAGGCUUGCAAUUCAUGUUCUAUACUGUUUUAUGUCUGAUUGCAACACUCAUUACGGUAUUUCUUCCUGAAACAAAAAAUCAUGGUACAGAAGAAACGACUGUAGCUGCUGAUGAACGUUUCUGA